ACAACCGGACAUGGGCCAACUACAGCGAGUGCCUCAAGUUCAUGACCAAUGAGACACGGGAACGGGAAGUGUUUUGACCGCCUGGGCAUGAUCUACACCGUGGGCUACUCCAUGUCCCUGGCCUCUCUCACCGUGGCUGUGCUCAUCUUGGCCUACUUCAGGCGGCUGCACUGCACGCGGAACUACAUCCACAUGCACAUGUUCCUGUCGUUCAUGCUGCGCGCCGCCAGCAUCUUCGUGAAGGACGCCGUGCUCUACUCGGGCUUCACCCUGGACGAGGCCGAGCGCCUCACCGAGGAGGAGCUGCACAUCAUCGCGCAGAUUAACCCAGGUGCAAAGCUGAAAAAUGAAUGUCUAGCCUUCUUUGAGUCGUAG